UCUCUCUCUCUCUCUCCCCUACCCCAAGUCCAUCAUCACCUCGACGCCCAGAAAGAAGCGGGACUUCUUCAACAGGUCUCAAGGGCAGGACUUGAGGGACGUGGGGAGCGCCGAGCCCCGGGACACGCGGGGGGCGGCGCCGGUCCAUAAGGGAGAGAGGCGCCCGCGUAGCCCCAGUCCCUUCCCCCCUCCCGUGGGCGUAGCCUUCCCCCCCGUGAACUCCCGCAGAACUGGGGGGCAGCCGAAGCGUCCCCCCGCCGCGUCCGCCUGCGCACCCCCGAGUCGUGGGCCGGAAUGUGAUGCCUCCGCCCCCCUCGUCGAGCCCUCCUCCGCCGCCCCCCCUGGUGCAGCCCCGUGGCCGACCCCCGCCAUGGCCGUGUCCCGCGACGGUGACGGCGACGGCGACGGCGGGAAGACGAAGGCGAAGAAGAAGCAGAGGUAAGGGUGAGGCUGUGGUGAGUGUGUUACUCUGUGUUUAGCCCCCCGGCCUGACCACUGAGGCUGCCGCAGCACGCCAACAUGAGACCAGAAGGGCGGGCGUACGUGUGGGUGGCGGCUGGUGGCGGCCGCGCCCUGCACGGUUAGCCUUCCUGCCGCCAGUCACAGUCAUGCCUGAGUUGAUUCAUAUACACUUCCUUCAUUCCCGCGUCAGCCUGGCUGUGUUUGCUGCCCUGUCCUCGCCCUCGCCCUCCCUCCCUUCGCCUUUGUCCCUCCCUGAGUACAGCCCCCGUGCCGGCAGGUGCCGCCGCUGUGCCCGCCACGGCGUCUACUCAGAGGUGAAGGGCCACAAGUGGUACUGCCCCUACAAGGCCCCGCCGGGAGUGUGCACUGAGUGCGGCGUCACUCGCCCGCCACAGCAGACGCAGACGCUGAACGACGCGGCCGCCGGGCUCCCCGCCGCACCCAGACCCUUCCCCCGCAUGCAGGAGCUGCGGCAGGAGACUGAACACAUCCUGGACGAGGACCUCUUCAGGCGCAUCGAUGAGUACCUACAGCGGUCCAGGAGCGCCGCCCACCGCGGCGCUGACCCACGCCGACGCCCACACUGAGUCCCCUCGCUCAAACUUAUAAGUUGGCAUCUCUUUCCUUCCUUAUUUCCGUAAACAGCUUAUGUAUCACCACGUUUUACUACCCUC